AUGGAGAUGAGACGCCUAGACGACGUUUCCGUCGUGGCGGUGGCGCUGAUGCUGGCCUUGUUGCCGCCGGCGGCCGUGGCAGACGGCGGCUGGACGGAGGCGCACGCUACGUUCUACGGCGACGAGACCGGAGCCGAGACCAUGCAGGGCGCGUGCGGGUACGGCAACCUGUUCCAACAGGGGUACGGGCUGGACACGGCGGCGCUGAGCGUGGAGCUCUUCAGCGACGGCUGGGCCUGCGGCGGCUGCUACGAGAUCCAGUGCCACGGCAGCCCGGACUGCAAGCCGGACCCGGUGACGGUGACGGCGACGAACCUCUGCCCGGCCAACUACUCCAAGCCAACCGAGAACUGGUGCAACCCGCCGCUGCGGCACUUCGACCUCUCCAAGCCCGUCUUCCUCCGCCUCGUCACCGACUUCCGCGUCGGCAUCAUCCCCGUGCAGUACCGCCGCGUGCCGUGCGCCAAGACGGGCGGCAUCCGGGUAGAGAUGACCGGGAACCAGUUCUGGAUCGGCGUGCUCGUCUUCAACGUCGCCGGGUCCGGCGAGGUCAAGGCGCUGGCCGUGAGGGGCUCCGGGGACGGGCAGUGGAGGGACAUGAAGAGGAACUGGGGACAGAUCUGGGACGGCGACGUCCACAGGCUCGUCGGCCAGGGGCUCUCGUUCCGCGUGGUUGCUAGCGACGGCCGCUCCGUCGUCCUCGACGGCGCCGUGCCGCCGACGUGGGCGAUCGGGCAGAGCUUCGAGGGCAAGGGCCAGUUCUGA